UGUCAACGGCCAUCGCUGGACUCUUCAUUACCAAACUUGGAUGGAAAAACCGUUGGAGGGAAAAUGCCCACUGACAAGUUACGUAAUCGGGAGCCCUCCAAUACAUCCUUACAAAGUACCCUCAGCAUAAACUUGUUUGACGUUUAAAGCUGAGGCAACUGUAUAAAAAAUCGGCGUGGAGUGCGAUAUUUCCAAUUCUGAUCCUCGAUUUUCCCACUUGAUGCUACGUCCUCAUUAAGUGCAUUCAUACCUUUCCACACAUGGAGCAGUGCCAUUUGGAAUCCUUACGUUGAACCCAUUUCCUGACUAUAGCUUAGGUUUCUGUAGAUUGUAUUGAUGCCCGAACUGAAGUUGACUGAUUCGAAUGGAGAUUAACCAAAGGCUGAGUAUUCGAGGUGGCGAGCAAAGCUGAUAAAGGAUUUGCCUACAGAUGUUGCCUUAUAUGUUUCUUUCAGGAUUCAUAGAUGAUUAUACAUGAACAUUCGGAUGCCAUUCAGUGGGGUCUUCAGCUUUUCGAUGGUGAUCCCAUUGAAUCUGGAUAUUAUGGUGAUAUGAUACAUCAUGGUGCUGAUGACGUUUAUAAUGGAAUCGAUCAAGAGCAUUAUGAUGAUGAUUGUAGUCGUUUGGAGAACGAUGAGGUUAUUGCGCGUACACUUCAAGAAGAGUUUUUGAAGCUUGCAGUUUCAGAACCAUCUGGAUACUCACAUGCAGGAGAAGAGAACUUUCAAGCAUCAAAUCUUGGACAUGAUUGGCACAGUCCAUCAGUGAACUUCUGCUGUUCAGACCAUGAUUACGGCCAUGAAGAAGCCGAUGAUACAGAGCCUUCAACUUCUCAUCCAAGCCAGAGUGAUACAAAAGGGUAUUCUUAUUCUUUGGAUCUAACUAAUGAGUUUGCACUUGAUGGUGAAGUCGGCAGGAGACUGGAUCAAAUGAUCCCCAUCCCGCAUGUUCCGAGAAUUAAUGGAGAAAUUCCUUCAAUUGAUGAAGUAACUUCAGAUCAUCAGAGGCUUCUGGACAGAUUGCAGAUCUACGACUUUGUAGAGCACAAGGUUCAAGGAGAUGGUAAUUGUCAGUUUCGUGCUUUAUCAGAUCAAUUAUAUAGCACACCUGACAACUACCAAUUUGUAAGGCAACAAGUUGUGAAUCAGCUUAGGUCUCAUCCAGAGAUUUAUGGGGGAUAUGUUCCCAUGGAAUAUGCUGAUUAUUCAGAGAAGAUGUCCGAGAGUGGUGAGUGGGGUGAUCAUGUUACAUUGCAAGCAGCUGCAGAUUCAUUUGGUGUGAACAUUUUUCUUAUUACAUCAUUUAAGGAUACUUGUUGCAUAGAAAUUCUUUCAAAUUUUCCGAAGCCAAAUAGAGUGAUUUUCUUGAGUUUUUGGGCUGAGGUGCAUUACAACUCAAUCUAUCCUCAAGAGGGUAUUUAUGACCAUCCCUUUUUAUGCUUGUUUCUUAUGGGCCGUUCAGAGUCUAGACGUUUGAGACUGAUGCACCGAGCUGGCCAGCUUUAUUUAACGUGACGAAGGUGUCCGCGAAUGAGCUCACAAAGAAGAGAAGGUGGUGGACGUUUGGCAAUAGGAAUUAAGGGCUUUCUGGCAGGCUGGCAUAAGCUAUAUAUAUGGAACCUUUUUGCUGUCCUUAAAACAGUUGCUACUUGAAGAGUACUCAUAUAAUUGCAGUAAAUUCGUGGGGGGCUUUUAGAGGCUUUUUCCACUUGCCAUUGUUUCCACAUUUCGCCAGAUAUCUUCAGUCACCGUAUUGAUUCUCCUGCCUUCCCCAGCCGACUGUUUGAGUUGUUGCAUGGGAGAUUCUAUAGCAAUAUUUCAAAGAUAGAUAAGAUCUUAUUAAAGUACAAUUUCUAUAGCAAUAUCAAGGGUGGUGGCUCAAUAUAUAUUAUUUAGGUUA